UUAAAGACUGUCGAGAGUUUGGUUCCCCUUUGACAUCAGGACCGACGUGUCCUCGUCAGCAUAGCAGCACUCAAACUGCACUGAAUCACACGGGAGGGACCUGAACUGUUCCGAGGCCAGGUUCAAAGAGCAAACUAAGAAAAGUAGUGACAGCGGAAGCACAAUUAUACACACAAUGUACGUGAACUCUCCUGGAGCUGAGAGUGGAUCAUAUUCACUGACCUUCCUGGGAAAGAAAGUCGGGAGACAUCACUCUGUGGCUCCUGCAGGCAAGCAACGUGCCUGGGAGACACCAAACAUGUCCACCGGCCCUGAGGACCCUCUGGUGUCCUCACGGGCCACACGGGCCCCAGUGGCCCCACAUGUGCUGGAGGUUUUACCAGGCAGCGUACCAGAGCUGAAGGACGAGAGGCCAUGUCCAAUAAUCCACAACACACAGUUUCCCCAGUAUGAUGACAACACAGCAGGUGUUUCUGGGAGGAAAGUAACAGCAUGACGACACGCCCACAUUCCUGUAUGACGAAACACAGGGGGGAGAGGGUGGGAUGAGACAAGAGAGUUAUUAAAUAUUCAGAGGAACCUUGUCAGGAUUUCAGAAAAACUUGACAACAGUCAUGGAUUAAUUUGAAAAUGAAAAAUA